ACCGGAAAUCUUCCGAAUGAGGCCAACAACUAGAACCUCAUCCUAGAGAGGAUUCCCCCAACCACGGGGUACCUAGUACCUAAUAUUCCAGGCCGUGGGAGGAUAUUCGGCGAGGAGAGUUUACUACCACCACGUACCAGAUCACGAACGAAUGUCCGGGUCCAAAAUCAUGAGGACGAUUAGACAAUUCCCUGGUGUUUGCCGGUUCUCUGUCUGUUGGGUAUUGUGCGCGUGUUAUACAUAUAUAUCUUCGUUGAUGCAUGGCUCAGGAUGAAGAUAAUAUCACAGCACGUUUCUUUGAGAAAGACCGGCAAAAAGAAGAAGAAGAAGAGGCCCUUAAGACAUAAUUAAUAUCCAGUGGAACAUCGUUGGGUCUGCGCGCCUGCUACGGGAUAUCCGACGUCUUCGGCGAAAUCACUGUUCUUUUUGAACAACUCCUCACGAUGGCUUCCAGUGAGAAUAGUGACAGAAAAAUAUGCACAAAGAACCGCUCCCUCGUCUGCGAAAGGCACGGGCUGUGGAGUUGUUUGGUAUGUCUGCAUCAUAUCGAUUUAGGCGGGCAAGAGACACCUUACCAUCCCGAUUACGUCUCUUGGAUCCCCUGUUCCGAAUCCGACCGUGGCGUCGAACCACUGUUCGAAAAGUUCGUCCCAGAUGAUGAGCUCGACGCGCAUUCAGGCGGACGGAAAACCAAUCGCGGCGUGGCCGGAAGCAAGAGCCGCCGGCCGAUGACGGCAGGUUACUGCUCCAAGUGUGGUUUCUCAUGGAUGGCCUCGGACGAACUCUUAACCACAACGCAUCCUUCCCACAUCUGCGCGGACGGGCACCGAUACAUGACAAUCAUAGUCGACGUAGCGAGUUACAAGCGAAAGCUCGGGGACAUCUCCUGCGAGGCGGUCUUCUUGUUCGGCCCCGAACCAUGCGAGCUGAGGUUCCGCUACGAAGUCGUAACCCCCUCGGACGACGGCACCGCGGACUGGAACCUUGACAACUCCCAGAUCGCGUCGCUGUGGGAACUAAUGUUGUUGGUGAAGAAGUGCGUCAUGCCUGACCGAGCCCAGCAGGUGAGAGAGGUGGUGUUCACCAACAGCGCUCACUUCGCUCACCGAGCGGCCGCGUUCCGGCUCCUCGUCGCCGCCCAUAUCGACCCGGCCCUCCUAAAGUUCCUGCUGAAGGCGCACAAGCUCAAGUACAGCAGGGCCCGCAGAGCCUUCGUGCAGACGAGGAUGGGAUUCGUCACCCGGAAGUACCCCACCACGCCUAUACGGCGAUUCCACGUCGCCCGUUUCGUAAUCUGUGUCAUGGAGCUGGCUGCCGCUGGGGUGCAGGUCUUCUGGGUGCCCUGCCGCCCCAGCAGUCAUGAGAAAGCCGCCCGCGCGGCCUUCAUGGACGACCCGUACCAGCGGAAAAUCCCGGACCCGACGCCAGGCCCGGUCGAGGAAGACGAGGUGGAACGGCUGGGCGGAUAUUUCUAUGACGGCGGCGACGACGGCGACGACGACGACGAAGAUGACACUGGAGAACCGGAGCUGGAAGCUGCUCGACAUGACUACGCAGAGGAAGAGCUGCUCGAGAGCGACUCUCUAGUGGGACUAGAGUCCUUCCAGAACUACCAUGCGCCGACGGUGGAAGAUGAGCUAGAGCAGUAGGACAACAAUCUCUGAGCGCGUCACUGAGCGCACAAGUGCGAGUCGGUCUUCGUAGGGAUACAGAGUAGCAGAUUCGCAAUUCGGCCAGUGUCGUCGAGACGAGUAUUAGCACUGGUUAUUAGCUUAAAUAGAUCCAAUAUCCGACGCAACUUGCGGUUCUGAUUUUGCUUGGCAGUGAACCCCAUCGCUGUGGGAACUGUGAAAGAAUAAGUUGAACAUACUUGUAAACGUGCUAGGUAAAUAAGAGUGAUUUGCGGUCGACACCGAUCAUAUAAUAGUAUCAAACGCUUCUUCAAGCAAGACCACGUGCGGGGCUUCUCGUCCGGACUUGUCGCGCGCCAGAUGG